AUGCUGUGCAUGGGGAUGUGGGAACAGCUGGGACAUGGGGACAUCAUCUGGUCCCUCUGUCCCCAGGCCUUGCGCUUUUGCAAGGACACCUUCGACAAGAACUACAAGGCAACCAUCGGGGUGGAUUUUGAGAUGGAGCGGUUUGAGGUGCUGGGGGUGCCCUUCAGCCUGCAGCUGUGGGACACGGCUGGCCAGGAGCGCUUCAAGUGCAUCGCCUCCACCUACUACCGGGGAGCGCAAGCCAUUGUCAUCGUCUUCGAUGUCAACGAUGUGGCGUCUCUGGACCACACACGGCAGUGGCUGACUGACGCCCUGAAGGAGAAUGACCCAUCCAAUGUGAUCCUCUUCUUGGUGGGCUCCAAGAAGGACCUGAGUACGCCGGCACAGUACAGCCUGAUGGAGAAGGAUGCUCUGAAGGUGGCCCAGGAGAUGCAGGCAGAGUACUGGGCUGUCUCCUCGCUCACCGGGGAGAACGUGCGGGAUUUCUUCUUCCGCGUGGCAGCGCUGACCUUCGAGAGCAGCGUGCUGGCCGAGCUGGAGCGCAGCAGCGCCCGCAAGAUCGGCGACACCGGGGAGUUGCCCCUGGGCUCCCAUUUGUCUUAA